CCCAUAUGCGCACAAUGGUAUCCCCUUAUCGAGACAUAAUAGGUAUGUCUCGAUAUAUAAAGAUAGUUAUAUGGCUUAUUGUCUCGCUUUUCCCUCGCUUAUGCCAAGAGUAUGUCCUGCAACGGCCGAGGUUCGCGUCGGUCUCCUGCGCAGACGCCGGGUCCUACCACCUCAGCCAUCCUUCAACUUCAGACGCGCUGGAAUGCAUCGAGCAGAAGUCCCUCCAACCUGUAUUCCUCGUCACAAUCCGCGCCGCUGCAUGCUAUCGGAUCCCACGACGCUCGCGCUCGUGCGGUCAACCCUCAUGAUGAGCUCUUGUGCUUUCCCGAGUCUACGUACCCCGCCUACCCCCCUGCGCUACAACCGCUCUCCCUCGACUCCUGGCGCCCAGGCUACGGAAAUCCCGAGCUGUCACCCCUCACGAUCGCCCUUUCCCCGCUGUCAAAUGGCGAUCAUCUUGACUUCGUGAACGAGAUGCCGCCCGAAAUUUUGGCGGAGAUAUUCGUGCACACCCUGCCGCUGCGCGUGGACGAUGCGAAGCCUAACCGUUGGUACGAACCUUUCGUCAUCAGCCAUGUCUGCCGUUAUUGGAGAGACGUGGCAAUAAACCUUCCGACUCUAUGGCAGCGGCUCUCCUUGGCAGGAUGUCCGAGCAUGCACGACCACCGCCCCCUUGAACUCGCUCGCCUUUUCGCGGACAGAUCACGCGGCAUGGGUAUGCUGUUCGAGUAUAGCGAUGAUGAAGCAUCCAUCCUGCUCUGGCAUGACCCCGAAGAACUCGUCCCCAAUGGUCUUCCAAUCACACCCGCGAACCAGCGAUGCUACUGCGUUCUCGACUUCAUCAUCUCGCACAUCGCGCAGAUACGCGUGCUCGAACUCACCGUUGUACACGCAUCGUGCCAUCGGCUCGCAUCCCUUCCACAAGGAGCAGCACCCGUAUUGCGCGAGAUCUCCGUCCAGUUUCUCGAGGGAGGAGAGGAAACACAGGCGCUCUCCCGCCUAUACGCUACCUCGCCACAGCUGGCGCAUUUUUCCAGAAGGAGCUAUAUGGAAAUCUGCAGUAUACCGCUCCCGAUCGAUGUGCCCUGGCAACGGCUCGUCAGCGCCCACAUCGGCGACUCUCCUGUUCCCCACACCAAGUUCUUCGAGAUCAUGACUGUUGGACAAUCGCUGACGCAGCUCGAGAUCGUUCUCUGCUCUGACGCACAUACACCCUUCAGGCCGCUGCAAACCCCCAUCACCCAAAACAACCUGCGGACCCUCAUUGUCUAUGACGAUGAACCGCUCGAUGCUGUUCUGCAAAGCCUUCGACUCCCCUCACUCCGCGAAGUGAGACUGCGGCCGAAAACGAGCGAUCCCCCUGUUUGGCCUUGCAACGAUGCGAGGAUUCUGCAACAAUUCGUUCAGGCAACAUCGGGAGGAUUGCAUGUCUUGGAACUGUCGGAUGCGAUUAGCCUGUCCGAAGGAGACCUGAUAGCUCUGCUUCAGCUCCCGCAGGCAGCGUCGCUUACCACGCUGCAAAUGUGCGGUCCGCUCAUACAGGACGCGUUUUUUACUCUUCUGGAUCCUACGUGCGGACCACCACUUGCACCUGACUUGACAAAAUUGAUUAUCAGCCGUUGUGCUAUCACUGACGGUAUCAUUGCGGACAUGCUUGCCUCGCGUCAACAACAUCACCAUCCUCUGCGCUCUGUGCAUAUUGUUUACCACCCCUUAUGUCAGGGUCGACAUUCCAAGGAUGUAUCUGGUUUCCAAUUUCUGAAGGAGCAAUACGGCAUGCGCAUAUGGCCGCAAGGUAUGUGCCACAACGGAACGGGCACACCCAAUACGCGUCGACCUUCUGGGCAGGCGCCGGGCCCUAUCACCUCAACCAUUAUGCAACUUCGGCCGCGCUGGGAUGCGUCGAGUGAAAGGCCUUCUAGUUCGUACUCGCCACCUGCCUCCGCUCCGGAUAACUUCUCGAGCUCCUCCGAGCCAACGUACCCCGUGUAUCCAUCUGUGCUACCACCUCUCUCCCGCGACCUCUGGCGCUUUGGAUACGGCACUCCCGAGCUAUCUCCCCUCACGAUGUCCCUUUCCCCGAGGCCAGAUGGUGUUCGCCUUGCCCUCAUAAACGAGCUGCCGCCCGAGAUCUUAGCGGAGAUAUUCAUGCAUGCACUGCCGCCUGGGCUGCAGGACGCCGCGCUUUACUCUCGCACUCAACCUCUCCUGAUCAGCCAUGUCUGUCACUACUGGAGAGACAUCGCAAUCAAUCUUCCAAGUCUAUGGCGUCAGUUCUUCCUACUUGGCUGUCCGAGUACGCACGAUCACCGACAUCUUGAACUCGCCCAGCUAUACGUGGAAAGAGCGCGAGGCGCGGGACUACUCAUCCGGUACGCUGAUGCUGAAGCAUACAUUGUCACGCCGCGUGGCCGUCCCGUAGCUCAGGCGCCCCACCUUCUACGGGAGCGCGCGUUCGCAGAAGCGAGCGAUCGCUGCUUCUGCGCCCUCGAGUUCCUCAUCUCGCACAUUGCGCAGAUCUAUGCACUCGAACUUGUAGUCGCGCAGGCCUCUGCCGUCCGGCUCUCGCGCAUUGAUCCUCACGCACCCAGCAUGCUGAGCGAGCUCUCUCUGGAAUUUCUGCAGGGUGGUCCAGGAGCUCAGGCUCUCUCGCGACUUCACAAAUCUCUUCCGAAGCUCGCUCAGUUCACCUGGAGGAGCUUCCGAGGCGUGUGCGUCCUGUCGCCACCGAUAGACCUUCCCUGCGAGCAGCUUGUCGACGUCUACAUCGGGGAUACAUCUAUCACAAACAGCGCAUUUCUGGGACUCAUGUCCAGCGGGCAGCGUCUCAGAAGCGUCUAUGUUCGCCUAUGCCCCGAUGUCCAGCCAUUGUCCCCGCUACAGUCUCGUAUCCACCAGGACGAACUGAGAAGCCUCAGCAUCCGCGGCAAGGACUCCCUUGACGGUAUUCUCGGACGCCUUCAGCUGCCUUCCCUCCGGGAGCUGAUACUAGAUUCGCUUCCGAACCACAGGCCUGCUUGGCCAUGCAACGAUGCGCAGACACUGCAUGCGUUCAUUGCGGCGACUUCCGUGGGGCUGGAGACGCUUAAACUAUCGCCGGCCGACAAUCAUUCUGAAGCGGACCUCCUAGCUUUGCUGCAGCUCCCCCAAAUGGCCACGCUGACCUGGCUGAUGGUCGAUGGACCGCUCAUCCAGGACGCAUUUUUCACUCGUAUGGAUCCUGCAUAUGGGCCGCCGCUGGCGCCUGUCUUGGAGAAAUUGAUCAUUCACCACUGUAUUUGCGCGACCACAGACGGCACUGUCGCAGGCAUGAUAGCCUCCCGUAAACGAUACCAGUACCCUCUCAAGAUCGUGCAUAUCGACUUCGCCAGAUACCAAGAUGGCUUACACCGCAAGGAUGCUUCUGAGUUUCGCGUAUUAGAGAAACAAUAUGGCAUGAAAAUACGGUACCUGGGGUGGCGGGCUUAUUCCUGAUAUAAAUCACUCGUCCUACUGUGUGCCUACCUGAGUCUAGUGUACUACAUCAUAUCACAGCUGCGGUCCAAUUGGAACUCGCCUCCAACUGCUCUUGUAACCCUUGGGCGCGGGCGUCUCGGUACCACGAAUCGUUGGAAUAAAUUAUGAUGUUGCCUGGCUUGCGAUCUUGAGCCAUGUCUUCCAGGAACUGGCAGUAUCCAUCCUCAUCCUCGCACAGCGCCGAGGUGGAAGUAUAGGAAACGAGGAUCUCCUCCAGUUCCAAUGCCUCCAGAUCGUCGAAUAUACUCCCGAUGGGCGUCCGAACGUCUUCAAUGAUCAACUCCCGGAGAUUGUUGACGUUGAUAUCAACCCUGCACCUCGCCUUCUUAGUAUCCUGUACGAUC